CUUAUUGAUCGGUGCUGGUGAGAAUCUAUCUGGUGUGGUGACUCAAACGCCAGUCUUGUUGCUUUUCACGUCUAGAUAAACUUAAAAUUGGGUGCUCAUGUGGUUAGGACUUUGCAAGUUUGCAUUAGUACUUAUUCUUCAUGCGUAUUAAUUGCCUUUCAGGCUUUAUGCAUGAAUAUGCAUAUUUCGUACGAUGAUCCCUGUGUAAAAGUAAGUGUGUAAGCUCUUUACCAAGUAUUUUAUAUGUUAUGUAAUAUUCUCUAUGUGUAAGAGUAAGUGUGUGAGUUUCUCAUACUUUGUAUUUGCUAUUGGCCUAAUAGUAGCGUGUGAGCUUCUCAAGGAAUACAUUGCAUUUUAUGUAAUAUGUUCCCUGCUAAGAGUAAGUAUAUAAGUUUCUCUGGUCGUAUAUUGCAUUUUGUGUAAUUCUACCUGCCUUAAAGUAAAUGUGUGAGUUUCCUCAUGCAAUAAUAUGCUCUGUGUCUAAGAGUAAGAAUUGUGAGUUUUUAUUUUCCAUUUUCAUAAUAUGCAAUGUAUUGCCUGAGAAACUCACGCACUAACUUUUAAACUAAGAGCAUAUACAUAAAAUGUAAGAUAUUGCAUGAGAAGUGUACAUGCUUACUCUUAGGUAAAUAGCAUAUUAUAUAAGAUGUAAAGUAGUUCCUAAAAAACUCAUAUGAUUAUACUUAUGUAGGGAGCAUAUUACAUAACAUGUAAAAUAUUGUAUAUGCUUACUCUUAUUCUCUGUAAAGUAUAAAGAAUAAUUUUAUUUUUCCUCUGUAAAUAGUAUAAAAUAUAAUUUCUAUUUAAAAAAAAAAAAAGAGAGAUAACAGUUUUGCUUAACAUUUCAACAAACCUAUUUUUUUCUCGAAGAGUUCCCAGCCGCCAAGACUUCGUUCGCAGAUCUGCCACAGCCUCCCCGGUGGUUUGGCUUCGGCCAUCGCCGGGGCAGGCUCUUCCUCCUCUUUUUUUAGAUGUCAUGUGGUGUUAACUUCUUCCCCUUUGCGGCGUCCUCUGUUUGCGAUAUUAACAGUCUCGGUGAUGCAGUUUCCGGUGUUCCUCGUGGAGGCUAGAGCAAGGAAGGUAAGAAGCAGUUCUAUGUUUCUAUGAUAUGAUGGCUCUUAGUUGGGAGCAGUAGGGGUGGGUGCAAGGCGGGUACUUACUUUUUUACGUAUAUUUGAUACUUGGCUUCUCUUGAAUGAGUAAUGAUUUUUUCAACCUGUACUUGACUUAUUAGAAACGAGUACUUGUUGUUUUGAGUACUUGUCCAAAUAUAUGUUACUUACAAAUUACUUGCUUUGUUCGAUUACUUGCUAAUUACAAAUAUUUAUUAAUUACUGGGAUAUAUUUUCAAGUUUCUAAGAAUUACUUGAUAGAUAAUAUUUUUACGAAAGAAGGUUAUAAAAGUUUGCUUUAUUUACUCGAUUUGAUAAAAACACAAGAGUUAUUUUAAAUAAAAUAUUUGCACCUAAUAUAAAAAGAAAAAGAUGGAAUUCGAUAAGAAAAUAUUGUUUACUUCUUACAACAAAGAAAUAUUUGUUUAGAGAUUUGGGUUUUAUAGUUUAGUUAUCAUUUUUUUAGUCGUGAAACAAGUAACGAGUAAUAUCAAGGCGAAUCGUAAUUUUUUUUUGUGAUACUUGUUAUUUACCUUGUACUUGCAAAUAACAAAACUUAACGAUUUGAUAUUUAAAAAAGCGAGAUAAGUACGGAUCAAGUAGCUGGUAUAAGAUAAAUAACGAGUAUUCGUGUCUAACCCUAGGGAGUGUCUCUGUCUUCUUGCUUUUUUAUCAUGAGGCUAUCGUGUAGUAUCUACUGAUACUACACUAUUAAGUCUUCACUUGUUAUGAUUUUUUAUUUAUCUUUCACAGAUUUGGUUACGUAUUGGAUUUUUCCAUGUGUGGGAGCAUCUUACCCGUCCGUAAUUUUUAUUUUGAUAUAUAAACUAAAAACCAGUUUUGCUUAACAUUAUUAUAGAAACAGAUAUGGAAAGUAUAUUGGAGAUGUUGUAAGUGGGGUCAAAGUCUGGUCGAGAUAGUCACAUAUCCCAAGCCGCAUUGAAAAAGAAGACGUUACAAAAUAUAUUUUAAAAAAUAAAAGUUGAGACUGACACGUAUUUACGUAUACGUCUCGUUGGCAUAUAUGCUACAAUGACUACAAUAUAUAUAUUUUUGGAAUAAAUUAAAACGACAUUAUAUUAUAUAGGCAUACAUAUACAAGUAAGUCUAUAUAUAAGCUAUUAUGUAAACACAAAUCUAUUGACUAUAACCAGACUUCUUCAUUUACCAUUUACUAUCUCUACAUACUCAUUUACUUAUCUUCUUCCUCUCUCUUUCUUUCUUCUUUGCUUCUUCCUCUCUCUGUAUCACACUAUGAAGAGUUUCAACACCGAACAAGAGCACCCUGCGGCGGAAUCUGGCGACAUCUACGCCGAGUCCAAUCCUACAAAGAACAUGGAUGACGACGGCAGAGAGAAGAGGACGGGGACGUGGCUUACGGCGAGUGCGCAUAUUAUCACGGCGGUGAUAGGCUCCGGAGUUUUGUCAUUGUCUUGGGCGAUAGCUCAGCUUGGUUGGAUCGCAGGGCUUUUGAUUUUGGUCAUUUUUUCUUUUAUCACUUAUUUCACUUCUACGAUGCUCGCUGAUUGCUACCGUGCGCCGGAUCCCGUCACCGGAAAACGAAACUACACUUACAUGGACGUUGUUCGUGCUUACCUCGGUGGUAGGAAAGUGCAGCUGUGUGGAGUGGCACAGUAUGGGAAUCUGAUAGGGAUCACUGUUGGGUACACAAUCACUGCUUCUAUUAGUCUGGUAGCGAUCGGGAAAGCAAACUGUUUCCACGAUAAAGGGCACCACGCAGAUUGUACUUUGUCGAGCUAUCCGUAUAUGGCGGCUUUCGGGAUCAUUCAGAUUAUUCUUAGCCAAAUCCCAAAUUUUCACAAGCUCUCUUUUCUCUCCAUUAUGGCUGCGGUUAUGUCCUUCACCUACGCAACUAUUGGGAUUGGUUUAGCCAUGGCGACCGUCGCAGGUGGGAAAGUCGGUAAGACGAAUAUGACGGGUACGGUGGUAGGAGUUGAUGUAACCGCGACUCAAAAGAUAUGGAGAUCGUUUCAAGCGGUUGGUGACAUAGCGUUUGCAUAUGCUUACGCCACCGUUCUCAUUGAGAUUCAGGAUACACUGAAAUCUAGCCCAGCAGAAAACAAAUCUAUGAAAAGAGCAAGCCUUGUGGGAGUAUCAACCACCACUUUCUUCUACAUCUUAUGUGGUUGUUUCGGCUAUGCCGCAUUUGGAAACAAAGCGCCUGGAGAUUUCCUCACAGAUUUCGGGUUUUACGAGCCCUUUUGGCUGAUUGACUUUGCAAACGCAUGCAUUGCUUUCCACCUUAUCGGUGCUUAUCAGGUGUUUGCGCAGCCGAUCUUUCAGUUUGUUGAGAAGAGAUGCAAUAGAAACUGGCCUGACAACAAGUUUAUCACUUAUGAAUAUUCAGUAAACAUACAUUUCCUUGGAAAAUUCAACAUCAGCAUCUUCAGGUUGGUGUGGAGGACAGCUUACGUGGUUAUAACAACUGUUGUAGCUAUGAUAUUCCCUUUCUUCAACGCCAUCUUGGGUCUUAUCGGAGCAGCUUCGUUCUGGCCUUUAACGGUUUAUUUCCCUGUCGAGAUGCAUAUUGCACAGACUAAGGUUAAGAAGUACUCUCCUAGAUGGAUUGGGCUGAAAGUGAUGUGCUGGGUUUGCCUGAUCGUAUCACUCUUAGCUGCUGCUGGAUCCAUCGCAGGACUGAUAAGCAGUGUCAAGACAUACAAGCCUUUCCGGACUAUCCAUGAGUGAGUGAGUUUCAGAUCCAUGAGAGAAUAAUAAAGUUAUGUAGUAGUUUAGUCUUUCUUCGUAACUGUUUCUUUGUAUAAAUCCAAUGAGAAUACUUCGCUGAAAAGCUACAUGAAACUCUGUAUCCACAGCUCCCAAUCUAAUACAUAUGAGCCUGUAACAGCUCUUGCAAUUUUGAUUGGUCAUUUAUAACCAUAAGAGAAUAAUACAGAUUUUGAACAGUGACAA